UGGAUCAAAGGCAUUGGAGGUCAGUUCUAGAAAGCAAUUUAUUGUAUCAGAAUUCUAUCCAUUCCAUCUUAAGACUGAGCUAUAUAGUUCUGCCAAAUCAUCUACAAAAUUGUUUUGCAUUUUGUUGAAUGUUCCCACAAGACCAUACGUUUGAUAAAGAUGAUUUAGUCCGAAUGUGGAUUGCAUUGGGUUUCAUUCAGCCAUCUCAAGGAAUGACUAUGGAGGAUAUCGGAGGAAGGUAUUUUGAUAUUUUAGUCAAAAAAAAUUUAUUUGACAAGGUCGGAGAUGACUACAAGAUGCAUGAUUUAAUACAUGAGUAAGCAUCAAAAUUUUUUACACAUGAAUGCAGAAAACUUGUGGAUGAUGAAAAGUCAUCUCUCGAAAUUUCUGAGACUAUUCGACACUUGUUUGUUCUAACUUCAAAUUCAGACAUUUUGAGAAAGAUUGAGAAGUUUAAACAUCUGCAUUCUCUUUUCUUGUCGUAUAAAGCUUUUAAUGAGGAUAUUUACAGUGCACUUGUUGAAAUGUUCAAAACAUCAAGAAGCCUACGCUUAUUAUACGUAUCUGCUCUAGACUUGAAAAUGAUACCUGAGGAGAUUGAAAAUUUGAUACAUCUAUGAUAGUUGAAGAUCAAAAAUGUUUUCUCACUUGAUGUCACUAGUCUACCAAUAUCUCUGAGUAAUCUCUAUCACUUGCAAUACAUAAUUACCUAUAAUUAAUGGGAAAUGUUAGGCCAAUAUGAAGUUGAUGAUUUUUUACGAAGUGACAUUAAUAACCUUUUUAACUUGCGUUACUUGAAAUCGUCCAAUAAUUAUAUUUCAUCGAUAUGUGGGAUUGGGAAGCUAAACUUUCUUCAAGAGCUGGAUAUGAUUGAUUUUAGAAAUGAGAUGGGUUAUAGAAUUGGGGAGUUGGAGAAUAUGAAUGAUCUUUGCAAAUUAGGAAUCAAUUGCCUUGAAAAUGUUAAGGACGUCGAGGAGGCUUGUAGUGCCAAUUUAUGUGCCAAGAGGAGGCUCACAGAUUUAACCUUAUGUUGGAGUAACACUCAUUUUAGGAACAUCGAUUUAGAUGAGAACGUGCUCGACAACCUUCAACCACCAAAAUGUCUAAGGAAUCUGAGCAUAAAUAGAUACAUUGGUGCAAGGUCUGCAAUAUGGAUGAACAAUGCCAAUCUGAUCUCCAAUCUAGAGAAAAUCGAAUUGACAUAUUGCAGGAAGUGGGAAACUCUUCCACCUUUUGGGCAACUUCCCUUCCUCAAGUCUCUAAAACUUGAUGAGAUGCCGAAAGUAAAAUGGCUCGAAAGUAAAUUUGAUGGGAAUGAUAAAUACCAUGCCUUUCCAUUGCUAGAGGUGUUAUAUAUUUCCGGAUUAGGAGCAUUUGAGGAUUGGUUUGAGGCAGGAGUAGCUGCUGAAGAUGGAUGUUUGUUUCCUUGCUUAAUUGAACUGGAGCUAUAUCACUGCCCGAAGUUGAAAGAGUUGCCCUCUUUGCCUUCUAACCUCAAGAGCUUGAAGAUAGGUAACAUUGGAUGGAAGACUUUGAAUUUCUGUAGCAUUUCAAAUUCUAUUCCCCUUGAAACAUUAGAGGUUUUUUACUGUGAAAACAUUACAUCUCUUCCUCUGGCUGAUGAAAUAGCAAGACUUGCAGCACUAAGAUACUUGCUAAUUAAAAAGUGCCCCAAUUUGAUAUCUCUCGGAAGAUAUCCACAAGUGGAGAACACUAACACUUGCCAUCUCAUACUCUGCGAUCUCUGUAUAAAUGAUCCAUCGGUGUUGCUAAUGGAGCCAUUGAGAAGUAUGACCUCGUUAAAAAGGCUUACUAUUAUGGAUAAUGUUGAGCUGGUUUCAUUUCCAAAUGAAGCGGAUCAGUGGUUUCUGAAAGUUAGGUCCUCUCUUUCUGAGCUUCAAUUUGCAUUUCUAUUUACAUUUGAUAUGAUAUUAUAAAAGAUUAUUAUGCUUAAAGUUUAGUCAUAAUAAUUUCAAAUCUAUUUGUGAGUUUAGUAUUAUAUAUUUUUGCUCAAAGCAAAUCUCAUAUAGUACUAAAAAAUUAUUUAGGAAGUAAGAAAGUUAACAACUAUGCAGCGGUUCAUGUGAAGUUAUUCUUGAUUACAUGACUUAUGUUCCACUUGGGUCAACUUUCUUAUUAUUUUUUAAAUAACUUUUUAGUAUAAAAAUUUUUGAACAAAAACUUUCAUACGAAAACUAUUCUAAAAAACCUUAAAGACCAAGUUUUAUGGUUUACAGACCGCAUGUAACCAUUUCCAAUUGGAAUGCUUUACUGCUUUUCAUAUCUCCGCGAAGCGAUCAGAUUACAAAGAAAUGAUUGAGAUGAAGUAUACCAUAAUUUCUCUCAUC